AAGGCAGGACUCUAAGCAAGGAAAAAAAACGCCGCCUGUCCGAGUAGAAACAACAUAAUAUGCAAUCACAGUUUAAAAAAAAAUCUCCACAGGGUGAUAGAGUUUGUGGGGCGGUCGGAGGGGUUACGCUGCCUGCUCGGGAGUUUCAUCUCGCCAAAGUAACUCGUGUGAACCUUAGUACGUUUGGCUAGUUUACUUGUUGGACACUCAUGGAUUUGAACCGAAGUCGUUAGCUUUGUAACCUCGGGAGUUAUUGCAAAAGCAGAUCAUCGCUACAAAAAGCAAGUCAGGGGUCAGGCAGUCUAGCUCCAUCUGCAUUUACAUAGCGCCUUUCAUGACAUUGGGAAGGAAUAAGACAAUGGCAACAUCUCUCUUGUUGCUUGGAACCAUCCAGGCUUUGUUCCUCACCAGCUCACUGGGACAAGCACAGAAAGCAAUUUGCAAAAACGUCCACGCAGCUGAUAUUGUCUACCUCGUAGAUGGCUCCUCAAGCAUCGGGAGGGUCAAGUUUGAACAAGUCAAGAGCUUUAUCGAAGCAACCAUUCAACCAUUUGCAAAUGUGAUUGGUCAAAGUGCAGUAAGAAUCGGGCUUAUCCAGUACAGUGAUGAUCCCAGGAUUGAGUUCUCAUUUCAAGAUCACAGCACAGGAUUCCAAACACUGAAUGCAGUCCGUAAUCUGAGUUACAAAAGCGGCAACACAAGGACAGGGGCUGGGCUGAAGUACGUCGCUGACAACUUCUUUGGAUCUCCCAAACUGAGGCGCAAUGUUCCCAAGAUCACUAUCCUGAUAACCGAUGGAAAGUCUCAAGAUAACGUGAACCAACCAGCCUUGAAGUUACGGAACCAAGAUGUGAAGUUGUUUGCAGUCGGGAUCAAGAAUGCAGAUAAGCAGGAACUCGAUGAUAUCACCUCAACACCUACCGAGGAUUACUCGUUCUUUGUGAAUGACUUCAAAAUCCUACGGACUCUGACACCGCUGAUUUCCAAGAGGGUUUGCUCCACCACUGGCGGUACCCUGGAAGAACUGAGGACUAGCCAAGUACCUGGUGGUCCCACAAAUUUAAUCUUCAGCGAAAAGGGCUUUGAGUCGAUGCGGAUUCGCUGGACUGCGGCAGUGGGGCCUGUGACUGGCUACAAAGUUCAGUACACUCCUCUCAAUGCAUUGGGCUUUCCAAUCUCAGCUGAACUCCAAGAGAUUACCGUUGGAGCAGACGCAACCAGGGCGGUUUUGCAAGAGCUGAAACCUGCAACGGAAUACCUGGUGACAGUGAUUGCUCAGUACGCCAACAGCAUUGGAGAGUCUACCUCGGGUAAUGGGAGGACAAAGCCGCUGCCAGGAUCAUUUAACUUCCGUGUGGUCACAGCUGGGCCCUUCACACUGCGUCUGGCGUGGAAACCACCGACCUUCGCUCUGCAAGGAUACCGACUGACCUUCAAGCAGAGAGGAGAUUCAGAUAGCCGGCUGGCAGAGAAGAUCCUGAAUGCGAACACAGCCUCCUUCACCCUGGAGAACCUGGUGCCAGACACCAAGUACAUCGUCACCCUUCAGCCCAUGCACACAGGCAACACAACACUGCCGAUUUCAAUCUCUGGAAAGACAUUGGCUCUGAAACCGGUGCAACAACUGACUGUUCAGAAUGUGACUCCCCAGAGCGCGGAGGUCAGGUGGAGAGGAGCGAGUGGAGCUACAGGCUACCGACUAAAGUGGGGCCCAUCUGCAGGAAGAGAUGUCCUGAUAGUCACGUUCGAUCGAUCUACGGAAUUUUACCAUAUUCAAGGUCUUCUGCCAAACACUGAUUAUACAGUAACCUUAAUACCAUUGUACGGAAGAACAGAGGGACCUCCUGUCAAUACCAGGAUGAAAACAGAAGUGACAGAAAACCUGAAUUUGAGGACGGUGGCGAUUAAUGCGAAUGCCAUACGUUUGACGUGGAACCUCCAGCGUGAUGCCAGCAACUACAGAAUAGAGUGGAGGAAAGCCACAGAGGAACAAUCACAGUCCAAGAAAGUUGUGCUGACUGCCGCCUACAACAACUAUGAUAUCAGCAACUUGUUUCCUGGUACCGAGUACGCCAUCACUCUCUACACUCUGUACAACGACAGAGAGGUGGCAACUCCAGCGACCAUGUCAAAGACAGGGGAUGAAGAAAUAGGUCCGGGCACCGUGACAAAUUUGAGGAUAAUAGAAACAAAUCACAACCGGAUCCGGAUCGGUUGGACAGCAGUGCAAGGAGCAACGGCAUAUAAAAUAACCUGGAGAAACCCAGAUGGUUAUGAGAUCACCAGAGUUGUGUCGGGUGAAACAACCACAUUUGACAUUGACCGCUUGCAACAGGGAGUGGCGUACGUCAUCAAAGUGUCUGCCCUCUCAGGAGGGGGAGAGGGAAGACCCGACAGCAUUGUUGCUCGAGCAGAUGCAACUGUUGGACGGGUUACGGAACUCCGCUCCUUGGACACACAGAGUAAUAUAAUCCGGAUUGCGUGGAGGGGAUUGUCCCAGGCAACAGCGUACAAGAUCAUGUGGAAACGUGCAGACGGAACCGAGGAGAGCAGAAUCCUGAGUGCUUCCGUGAACACGUUUGACCUGGUAGGAUUGCAGUCGAACACCGUGUACGUCAUUGGAGUUUCAGCAAUGGUAGGGAGCAGACUGGGAAAUCCUGCCACCUUCACAGUCAGGACCGCAUUUGUCACAGGAGAGGUGACCGACCUUCAGGUGGUUGAAACGCAGAGCACACGGAUUCAUGUCCGCUGGGUCGGAGUUAUCGGAGCCACGGCGUACAGGGUGACGUGGAUGCGAGCGGACGGUGUCAAGGACAGCAGAUUCCUCAGCAGUGGUACUACCUCUUUCGUCAUCGAAGGCUUGGAGCCCAACAAUGUUUAUGCAAUUGAGAUUUCGCCAUUAGUGGGAUCCAGAGAGGGGAACCCAGUGACGGUGACUACAACAACCAAUUCCAUCGUGGGAGAUGUGACCAAACUGAGAGUGACCAAGAUUCGAAGCAACAUGCUCCAGGUGUCAUGGACUGCAGUCGGCAGGGCUUCGGUGUACAAAAUCACCUGGAAGAAUUCUGAUGGAAUUGAGGAGAGUGAAAUUAUCAGCGGCGAGUUCAAGACAUUCGAAAUCAAGAAGUUGAAGCCUGGGACCGCUUACGCUAUUGGAGUCACACCGGUAACGGGAAGCAGAGAAGGAAUCUCUGUCAAUAUAAUGGCUAGGACCACAUUGUCUGAUGAUGACCUGGUGGCUGGAGUCAGUGACGUCAGGGUGCUUGAAGCUCGCAGUAACGUUCUACGUGUGUCGUGGGUCGGUGUCCGUGGAGCCACGUCCUACAGAAUCAGCUGGAAACGCAGUGAAGGAGGACCUGAGACCAGCAAGGUUGUACCUGGAGAUGUAAGCACCAUUGAUAUUGUGGAUCUUGAAGGUGGAAUUAAUUAUCUCGUAAAAGUUGUUGCGUUGAUUGAAAAUCGAGAAGGACACCCAGUAACGAUCACUGCUACUACUCCUGCAGUUGAGCAUCCACUGGGAGGAGUUGGGAAUCUGCGUACCAUCAGCUUAACGACAAAGCGGAUUCAGAUUGCCUGGAACAGUGUGCCAGGGAGCACGGGAUAUCGAAUCUACUGGAGGCUGGCUGAGGGAGGCCCAGAGAGCAGUAGAGUGGUUGUAGCAAACAUCAACACAUUUGAUAUAUUGAACCUGCAGUCUGGGAGGAGUUACGUCAUUCGAGUCUCCUCAGUUCGAGGUGAUCGUGAAGGAGCUCCCACAACAAUCACUGUCAAAACAGCCCGGGCCGAGGAGGUGCAGGGUUUCCGAGUGACGAGCGUGGACACGAGCAAGGUAACCCUGGGCUGGAUUCUCACUCCAGCAGCAACCAGUUACAUCCUCUCAUGGAGACUUGCCACAGCACAAGAAGAGCAACGGUCCAUCACGCUGCCAGCAACAACUGCUUCCUACCAGAUCACCGACCUGCAAAUUGGGCGAGAGUACGUCUUUACACUGCGGCCCAUGUUUGGCACAGAGUUUGGACCUCAGUCCUCCAUCACUGAGCGUCUUGUGUGCAGCACAGCUCGAGCUGACAUUGUGUUCCUCGUCGAUGGCUCCGAGAGCAUCGGGUAUGAGAAUUUCCAAAAGGUUAAGCAGUUCCUGUACAACGUGGUCUCUCAUCUACCCCACCUUGGGCCUGAUGUAACUCAGGUCUCGGUCGUUCAAUACAGUGAUGACCCAAAGAUUGAAAUCCCACUUGGCAAGGUCACCACCCAACAAGAGCUGCUCCGAACCAUAACAGGACUUCGGUAUCUACUCGGUGGGACUAAAACAGGCAGAGCCAUAGACUUUGUCCUGAAUUACGUGUUUCAGAUCUCUGCUGGGAGACGCCCACAAGUUCCUGCCUUGUUGGUCAUCAUAACAGACGGACGUUCAGAUGACAGAGUCAUGGAGGCCGUAUUGAGAGCGAAGGCCGCAGGCAUCCACCUGUAUGCUGUUGGUGUUGGUGAAGCAGAUAUCGAUGAGCUGCAGAAUAUAGUUCCUGAUGGAAACUCCGAGAACAUCUUCUAUGCUGAAAACUUUGACUUGCUCUCCCGGUUUGAAGGGGCCCUUGCUGAUGUAAUCUGUGUUGCUGCCAGCAAGCCAAAUGGAGGAACAAUAGGCCACUGUCCUACUCGUUGCCAGAAGGGUGAGAGAGGCGAAUCAGGAACAAUUGGAAAAACAGGCAGAAAUGGCAUUGAUGGGCGGAACGGUGAGCCUGGUCAGCCUGGGUUACCGGGAUCCCGAGGUCCGAUGGGACCAGUUGGACCACCGGGCACUAGUGACGGAGGCACUCAUGGGUUGAAGGGUGAGAAAGGGGAUCCGGCAUAUCCAGGGAGAGAUGGGGCACCAGGAUCACCCGGCAGGCCAGGAAACCCAGGCUUACCCGGACCAUCGGGAAAUGCAGGUAUUCCAGGACUGAGAGGAAAUCCAGGGGAGCAUGGGAUUACAGGAAGAAUGGGACCUGUUGGUCCCAAAGGUGAAAGGGGUGAGCCUGGCACUGUGAUUGAUGGCAAUGGAAGAUACCCAGGCAGAAAGGGAGAGCCAGGUCGUCCCGGUGUUCCUGGCUCAUUUGGUCCUCCUGGACUGAGAGGUGAAAGUGGGCAGCCUGGUCGUGUAGGACCACAGGGUCCCAUAGGACCUCCGGGCCCUGAGGGGAGGUCCAUCAAGGGGGAGAAGGGAGAUCCCGCUGAGGGAUUUAAGGGAACAUCAGAGGGUGGAGCAGGUCAGAAAGGGGAGCCUGGUGCAUCGGGGCAUCCUGGUGAGACAGGGAACACAGGGCCAGGAGGGCCACGAGGGAGUGUGGGACAGAAAGGUGACACGGGAAACGCGGGUGAGGGUUUCCCGGGAGCACCUGGCCGCCAAGGAGAACCAGGUGAUCGGGGUCCCAGAGGAUCUCAAGGUGAACAAGGAGAAAAGGGUGACAGAGGCCUGCCAGGUGAAUCUGGUCCACCAGGAUUCCGGGGAGAGACAGGGACUGCUGGAUCACCCGGCCUUAAGGGAGAUCGAGGACAAAUCGGACCACCUGGUGUGCCUGGAUCAGUGGGUUUGCCAGGUCCCAGUGGUCAAAGAGGUGAAAAGGGAAAUGAUGGACAAAGAGGAGAACCAGGACAGACAAUCUCUGGACCAUCAGGACGUAAAGGUGAUCGGGGUGAACAAGGACCCGCAGGAAUUCAGGGGGAAAAAGGAUUGAAGGGACAGAAGUCAGACAAGGGUGAAAAGGGUGAAACCGGGUUUGGCAUCCCUGGGCAACCAGGACCCAACGGUGAUCCAGGCGAUAGAGGUAACAUUGGACUUUCCGGCAGACCUGGAGAAAAGGGGAAUCCUGGAGGACGAGGGGCGAAUGGGGAGUCUGGAAAAACAGGACCGUCUGGAUUGAUCGGACCUCGGGGGAAAGAGGGUGAAAAGGGAAACAAAGGAGAGGACGGAACACCGGGAGAGAGUGGACUGCCAGGCCGCAAUGGAGAGAGAGGACCUCGAGGUUUCUCGGGAUCUGAUGGCAGACUUGGAGAAAAGGGGAGCGGUGGAGAGCCGGGACAACCUGGGAGAGAUGGGAUCAGAGGCCCUGCCGGCUCGAAAGGAGACCAAGGCGAGAAGGGAUCAAUAGGGCAUCCGGGGCUUCCGGGACCUCCAGGAAAAUUGAUCGAUACUGAAACUGGAGUGGCUGGUAGUAAAGGAGACAAGGGAGACGCUGGUAAACCUGGUGAGUCCGGGUCAAGAGGACUACGAGGAGAACCUGGUGUGUCAGGCCUAGCUGGUGAUCGAGGUUCAGAAGGUCAACGAGGCCUCCCAGGACCACAGGGAGAUCAAGGUCAAAGAGGAUUCCCAGGAGAAAAGGGAGAUAGAGGACCACCUGGACAGGAUGGCAGGAAUGGAAUUGACGGGAAGAAUGGUCUCCCAGGAUCUUCUGGGCUAAGGGGUGACCCAGGGAAACAAGGAGAACCUGGCAGAGAUGGGUUGUCCGGCCCAAGAGGCGAGUUAGGACCAUCGGGACCAGCAGGACCUCAGGGCCCACCAGGACAUCCAGGCAAACCAGGAGAUGAUGGGAAACCUGGAGUUCCUGGGAAGAGUGGAGAAGAUGGGACUCCAGGAGAGGAUGGAAGGAAGGGUGAUAAAGGUGACCAAGGAGAAACUCCAAGAGAUGGACGAGAUGGGGCCAAAGGUGAGCGUGGAGGUCCUGGGCUGCAAGGAUUUAUCGGACCUCAAGGAUUGCCGGGUGUAAUUGGACUUCCAGGACCCCCUGGGCAGGGAUUUGAAACAUCGUUACCAAUACCAGGACCGCAAGGGCUUCCAGGAACACCGGGAAUUCCAGGCAUCCCUGGAGCUGCAGGCGUACAUGGCGAGAAAGGAGACAUGGGCUCCAAAGGUCAGAAAGGUUUUGAUGGAAAUCAUGGUGUCCCGGGAACAUCUGCUAAUGUGGAACAAGCUUUGUUGAAAUUUGGUGUAAAGAUUUCGACACUGCAGGAAUUGGAGGAGAAUCGUGGUACGACUGUUCAGGGACUGCCAGGGGAGAAGGGACAUAGGGGGGAGAAAGGAGACACGGGCAAUCGAGGCGUGAAAGGAGACGAGGGAUACAUCGGGAUUCCGGGAGAAAGAGGAUUCAAAGGAGACAAAGGAAGCCAAGGUGUUCCUGGACUUGAGGGGGCACCAGGCCGUGCAGUGUUUGAACGAGGCCCACAGGGUCCUCCAGGACAGUCCGGUGAACCGGGAAAGCCAGGCAUCCAUGGAUUACCAGGCCAGACUGGAGAGAAGGGGAUUCCAGCAGAGCCCGGAGAGAAGGGUAAUAGAGGGGAUAAAGGUGAUCGAGGAGAUUCAGGGCGAGAUGGUCAACCUGGCCCAAGAGGUCCUCCUGGUCCCAGGGGUGACAAGCCAGAACAACCUGACUUUGGACAAACUGGAGAAAGAGGACUUCCAGGACCACAGGGAAUAAAGGGCGACCAUGGACCAACAGGACCAGUUGGACCCAAAGGAGAUAAGGGUGAUGCUGGAGCCAAAGGAGACCGAGGUGAAAGGGGUGAAGCUGCCGAGAAGGGCAGGGAUGGUCUUCCGGGGAAUCCAGGGGAAGCGGGUCUUCCAGGAAUAGAAGGGAAACCAGGACUGCCAGGCUUCCCUGGAGUACUUGGCCGCCCGGGAAACCAAGGAGACUCUGGACCACCAGGCCAACAGGGCUCACCAGGAACACAAGGCCCAGCGGGUGUGCCCGGAGUGAAGGGUAACCAAGGUGACCAGGGUUUGAGUAUUCAGGGGCCGCCUGGUCCUCCUGGUAACAUGGGACUUCCUGGAAACUCUGGUGCUCCCGGAGCUAUGGGUUCUCAAGGAGCCCCAGGCCUGGCAGGCCAAGUGGGAGAACCAGGGAAGCCUGGAAUACCAGGGAGGGAUGGAGUUCCAGGAAAAGAUGGAGAGAAAGGAGUUCAUGGGACGAUGGGCAUUCAGGGAUUCCAGGGUCCCAUGGGACCCAAGGGACAACCAGGAGUAUUCGGACUCCCUGGAGAGUCCAUAAUUGGAAAACCUGGAGUGUCUGGACCUAAAGGAGAAAAGGGAACACCUGGAGAUAUGGUGCUUGGAACCUCUGGACAAAGAGGGAUGAAGGGUGACGAGGGUAUGAAAGGUGACCAAGGUUCAAUGGGCCCAAAAGGAUAUAAGGGUGAACAAGGUGAACCUGGGGAGCCGGGACAGGAUGGUUUAAAAGGCUCAGCUGGACUCAACGGUGAUAAGGGCCUCCCGGGUAUUGGAAUAACUGGUCCUCCCGGGCUGUCUGGUCCUCUAGGUCGUAAGGGAGACCCUGGAUUCCCAGGACCACCAGGACCUCCAGGCCUCCAAGGCCCGAGCGGUCUCACUGGGCAACCAGGCCUACGAGGUGAAACUGGAGUACCCGGCCCACAGGGUCCGGCAGCGGAGAGGGGCUUACCAGGGCUUCCAGGAAGAGAUGGAACAAUGGGUGCACCGGGAUCACCAGGACUGCCAGGACCACAGGGUUUGCCAGGGCUACAGGGUCCACAAGGUGGCAAGGGUGAAAUUGGAAUGGGAACACCUGGAUCGAGAGGAGAAAGGGGAGAUCCAGGACCAAGCGGUGGAGAUGGAAGACCAGGCUUGGCUGGAGAACGUGGACUAUCAGGGACUCCUGGUGGUCGAGGAGAAACUGGAGACAAAGGUGACCGUGGACCGUCUGGAGAGAAAGGAGAGAAGGGUAAUGCAAUCACAGUCGUUGGACCGCCUGGGUUUCGAGGAAUCAAAGGAGAGAUUGGAGACCGUGGUCAGAAAGGAGGUGAAGGAGAAAAGGGAAUAAAAGGAGAAGAAGGACCAAGGGGUGAGAAGGGACCAAAGGGAGAACAAGGUGACAAAGGCUCAGUGGGCUUCCCAGGAGCCAGAGGUCCCGAUGGACAAAAGGGAGAGCAAGGUCAAGCUGGAGAUCUGGGCAAACCGGGAAUACCGGGAAAGAACGGCAUCGAUGGAGCAAAAGGAAACUAUGGUGAUAGAGGAGAAGCGGGAGCUAACGGUUUCAAUGGUGACAAAGGGGUGAAAGGUGCCUGUGGUUUAAAUGGAGACAGAGGAAGUAAGGGCGAUCCCGGAAUUCCUGGGAGAAUCGGAUUCCCUGGCAGAAAAGGAGAUCGGGGUGAUUCUGGAACCACUGGAUUCCCAGGCAUGACAGGGAAAGAAGGUCUCAUUGGACCCAAGGGUGACCGUGGCUUCGAUGGGCUCCAGGGACAGAAAGGGGAGCGAGGAGAGAAAGGCGAGCGGGGUCUUUCUGGUAUCACUGGGCUCCCGGGUAUCCAAGGACCCGAUGGAAUUCCCGGUCCUCCUGGGCCGCUGGGCCCCGUGGGUCCCCGAGGAUCUGAAGGGAUGCAGGGCCAAAAGGGUGAAAGAGGCCCCCCUGGCGAGAGCGUUCCAGGUCCCAGAGGAAUUCCAGGUAUCGAAGGAGAAAGAGGAGAUCCAGGUGAGAUGGGUUCCGAUGGUCCAAAGGGAGAUCAGGGAAAUCCAGGAAUGACGGAGGGCCAGAUUCGCACCUAUGUACGACAGGAAAUGAAUGAACACUGCGCCUGCGGAGGUCCCUCAUCAAAUCCAACAUCCUAUUUUCGUCUACACCCUGUCUUAAAGAUUUCCCAUGAGGAGGACUAUGAUGAUUCUAAUGGGAAGGAACUCAGAGUGGUGGUAAAUGGCAAUGACCCAGAGUAUGAACACUUCUACACCGUAGGAAGCUACGAUGCACCAACAGAAGACUAUGGGCUGGAGCAGUUCCCAAGCUCGGAAAUGAUGCGCGAUAAAGUAGACGCCACAGACCUGCCCAUCCAGGAAAGAUUUAGAAGAGAAGCCUCCGUACAAGACCCUUGCCUGUUUCCCCUGGACGAGGGAAACUGUUCCAGGUACACGCUGCGGUGGUACUACCACAGAAGAAGUGGCCAGUGCCGACCCUUCAUCUAUGGUGGCUGCAACGGCAACACCAAUCGGUUCCACACACCAGAGGACUGCGAGCUCACCUGCAGGAACGAGAAAGAGCCAACUAAGGAGGACGGAACCUGAGUACAACAGGAAGAGGAGUCAGAACGAUUUAAUUUUUAACCUUGAGGACUUGGGGAGAUGGGGCGGGGAAGGGGUGGUUGACUUUUGUAAUUAUUGAGUUUGGCAAUGGUUUUUUACAAAAAGAUGGUGCUAUAUAUUUUCCCAGUUAAAAUGUAGUCUUCAUGAAUAUUUUUUGAACAAACAAAUCAAAUGCUGUUUUAGUGGUCAUACUUGUCACAGUUCAGUGCUGCUUUGUUAAAAGCCAGCAGAUAUCAACACAUAAAUAUCUUGCAGUCAGGUUUACAGUUUGAAGCUUUUGGUGAUAAUGUCUGAUCUCUCAAAGAAAUAAGCACUUCAAAUGUAUGUAUUUUUGUCAGUUGGAAUUCCUGCGCUAACAUUUCAGCAGUAAGGCAUUAGGCAGUCUGGUGGGUUUGAGAGGGAAGAUCAAAGAUUUAGAUCAGAGCAUCUGCCACGAUUGUAAGGCAAAGUGGACUCGUUGGGUCGAAUGGCCUAUUUCUGCUCCUAUGUCUUAUGGUUUAAUUCUGAUAUUAAACCAACCCAAUGAAGCUAGGACUCAUCACAUUCCACUGUACUAUUUUUACCAAAGUGUUCUUGCCUUAGAGUUGGGUAUGUAAAGGAAUAAUUUGGGAAGACUAAAAAAGAAAACUCAGGUAAAGAGUAAACACUAAUACAGUCAUGAUGGGCCAAUUGGACCUUCAUUUGUGGAUUGUCCACUUAUUUUAUACUCAGUCACCUUUACCAUAUUGCGCAGAAUCCCACUGGACUAAUAGUCACAGACAUUCCUUUUCUUCUGGCACAUUAAGGGUUCCAUCUGAUUAGACACCCAACCAUCAUGAAAGGGAACUAAACAUUAGGUAAAGCUUCUAUGAAACCUAUGGGAAGACCUGGAUAUAUUGUGUAAUAAUUAAAAAAUAAUUGUAGAACGUGUAACUUUCAACCACUCCACUGAAACCGUCAAGGGGAAAAAAACACUCAAAUGGUGCUAUUUUAAUCUAAAGAUUUCUGUAUAUCAGCUUUCUACUUAUAUCAUUAUUUAUUGUGCAGGAUGAAAAUGCUUGCAGGAUAUGAAGGAAAUUGCCACCGGAAAGAAUACUGAUUAUUCCACCACACUUUUAACCCAGUUUAUUCCCCCAGGCAUCCAACACCAGUAUUGUUAAAGGAAGACCGACUGCAGAAUUUGGUUCACAAA